AUGAGUGAAGUCUUUCAAGCGUUCGCAGAACUUAUACAAGCGCUAUCUCAAUCAACACUAAGUUAUCGUCCCCAAGCUAAUGGUCAGCAGGAGCGGUCGGUGAAAACGGUGAUGCAGUCAGUAAAAGUUUACGUGGAAGACCCACUCCAGCAAGACUGGGACGAGAUUGCUGAACGACUUGUAUUUGCGAUCAACAAUUCGCACGAUAUGACUCGCAAGGAGACGCCAUUUUAUCUUGUACAUGCGAGGAGUCGGGAAACAGACUGA